AAUACAAACAAUUCUAUGGCUUUCACAUAAUGCAAACUAAUUUCUCUCCGGAUUACAUCAAGACAGCAUGUGCUGUAUUCAAAAACAUCAAAAAAGCAAAGAGACCACUGAACACACAGCUUGCUGCCUUCCUGUCCCUGCUGAAUGCCUACGUACCAGGCUCAUACCUCCUGGAGUCUCAGUGCCUGGACUUCCUCAAAAGUAAAGACCCUAGUCAUGAAGACCUUUCACUGGAAGACAGAAUGAAGCCCUUCAGCGAUCUCAUUAUCACCUUCCAACAAGAUAUGAGAAGUGAAAGAAAAGUCUGCAUGGUUCACCCUAUGAUAGCACAGUGUUGUACUGAAAUAAUGGCUGAGGCAGGUGUGACCAGAAGUGACACAGCAAGAAACUUCUUAACCUGUUUUUGCAGAGAUGAUGUUCCUCCAUGUUUGCAUGGUUUUAUCAAAGACAUGCUAACCAAAAGAGAAAUGAUACACUGGGUCAAGUCCAUAAGAACCAUCUGAAGAGCAAAGAGUCUCCUGCUAAGCCAAGAGAAAUCUUGCAACUGGCCACAAAGGCAAUUGAAGCUUUCAAAGAAGAAGAACAACUUGCUGAAAAUGAACUAGACACAGACAUGAAAGAAGAUGGCAAGACCAAAGUCUCGCAUAUUUUUAACACCAGAGGGCAGUUUGGUUACCUGCAGGUUUGCAACCUUGUGUAUGACCUACUUGUCAGUCAGAAUGAAACCUGGAGAAGAGUUCUCACAAAGAAUGUGUCCAUGGGCUCUGUCCUGGAAUUACUUGGAGACAACAAACUCUUCAGAUUUAAUGAUCUAAUAAACAGCCUCAGAGAUGAAGUUGAGGAAAAAUGUGACUUUUUUGAUACCUAUUUAACCUACUCAGAGUCUGUCAUUAAAAAAGAUGACGCAUCAUACGUAGCUAAAGAGACCUCAGAAUGCUACAAAAAGUAUGUCGGAGACUCAGCACCCAAACACAAAGAGAAAUCUGAUGAAACAAUCCAGAAGCUCAAACAAAAACUGGCUGCCACUUCUGCUGGAGUACUCUCAUGUCUUGACAGACAAUACCCUGUGUCUGAACUUCAAAAGAUUGCUACAUGGUGGAAAGAAAUCUGUGUAAGCCAAGAUUCCACUAGACACGCCUUAGCCAACUACAUCCUCUCUAACAUCAUGCUGAUAAAUAAGAAUGAGACUCCAUCCUGUUCUGACUAUCAUAAUGCAUUUAGACAGAAAAUGCCAUUGAGCCGGAGAGAUGCACCUGAGCUUCACAUGUUAGCUCUGCUAAUAUGUUGGCCUACAGAUGAAGACAAAUGUGUCUCUAACCUCAGUGAAUUAAUUACAAAACUUCAGCGCUCAUAUGAACAUGAAUAUAAGACACUCUUUCGAUCAAGGUACCUUCGCCCUCUGUUUUUUAUCGGAAAAGGUAGAGGCCUGAGCAGAAAUGUUCACAGAUGGAUCCUUGAGACCUUGUGGACUAAGGAUGUACUACGAAACUCAACCACUAACUGGAGGAAUGAGAAUAUUUUUAAAGAUCCCUUAGUCCAAGAACGCCUUCUAAAAGUUGAAGGAGUGGUGCGAAACUACAGAUUGUAUGCAACUUUUGGAGGCAUGGAGAUUGAGUUGGAUGUGAUCCAAAGAGACAGCCUGUGGAAGUCAGGUCAAGUUUCCUUUUACCUUGGAUUUACCAUCAGCGGCCCUGUAGCUUUUAGCAUUCAGACGACAACUACCACAGAGGGGCCUUCGGAAAAGUUUGAUCUUGGAGCUUUGGGUGGUAAGGACUCCAGUAAUUGGAUUGUACUUGAACCAGAAGUCAAAAGAGUGGAUGAGGUUAAAACCUACAGUCUACAGUCUGAAGCAGGUCGUUAUGAAUGCAGAGUGUCUGCCUUGCGCUGGGCUUGUAAGGAAGAGGUCAGCAUCAGAUACCAGUUUUGCUCAUGGGAGGAAAACAUCAGGAAGCCUGUAUGCAUGGAUUACAUACCAGCAGGACCCCUACUGGACAUCACAGUCACAGAAGGAACGGUAGAGGACAUGUAUCUGCCACACUGGAUAGAUUAUGACUCUACAAUGUCAGACAUGUUUGCAGUUCUACAUGUGGAUACAUGUGGAGAUUUUGUGGAACAAGUAUCUGAAGUCACAUCAUCCCACGUUAAGUUACGCCAGCCAAUUUUCCAUCAUGAUCCAGGGGUCAUGAUCCGGCAGAAACUGGGCAUCCCAGUAAAACUUUACCAUGAUGCGUUAAUAUUCAAACAGACAAAAAAGGAAUUCCUCACAUUGCAUGUAUACCUGGUCCCACCCGAUGAGAAUAAACAAGAGAAAGUGAAGAAGAACGAGGACUCUUAUGGAUCAGUUUUAAUCCCGAAACCAGGCCCAAAAAAGUCUCUUCAAAUACAAGAUAAUUUCUUCCUCACAACAGACGUGGACACUAGUGAAAUAAGCCCGACUGGAUUAAAGCUCAGAUAUGAGAGGAGAGAUUACUUUGAGGUGUUCAUCAGAAAUGCAGAGAGCGACUUCAGACUAAAACUUGAAAGUAAACAAAAAAAAUAUAUUCAAGAGGACGCUGUCUGGAUCUGCACUAUCAGAAAAGGGGACUACCAAAAUUCAAGCACUGAUCUUGAACAAGCCCCAGAUAAGCAUUUUGUGGUUCGCCAUCGGAUAGCUCUGAUUAAAAGAGUGAGCGCCACAAAUGACAUUCUGGAUAAGCUCUUGGAUAAAGAAUUGAUCACACAUGAGAACUAUGAUGCUGUGAGAGCUUUAUCAACCACACAAGACCAAAUGAGGGAGAUUUUGAGGUUUGUGAAUUCAGCCGGCACAAGAGGCAAAGAUGCUCUCUAUGAAAUCCUUAAAGGGAUGAGGAGUAUGAGGCCUCUCAUCCUUGAGCUUGAAAAGUCUGAAAAAGGGAGCAAAACUUAAAAAGAAGUGCUGUAGCUUUGGACACUAAGAGAACAUCUGACAUUGAGAUAACAAAAACCAAAGUACUUGACAACACGACUGUAUAUUCUGACAAUAUUUUGGUUAAACUAUAACUUCAGAGAAAGAGGUUUUAUUGAAUAUAAAAAUGUCGUCUAAGCAGCAUUAAAGAUUUGGACAUUUUGAAAAGAUGUCCCUUUGGACUUUGACUACAGCUUUGGAUGCAAUAAUGUACAUUUUCUACUGGAUUGUUCAUUGGACUUUUACCACUUUUAUACUUUUUUUUACUACAAAGUUGUUAGGAGUUGAAAGGGGAGAGGAAGAUGCUGGACAAAAUGUUAUCCAGUUAAUAUUUAGCAUCCUUAAUGUACUGGUCAAAUUGUUACUUUUUAGUAAUGGAUUUAUUCAUGUCUGCUGUGAAAAGGAAUCCAUCAGACACCUCAGAUGAAAAGAGAGACUUUAUUAAGGAAACUA